AUGUCGACUGCUAUCAAAAAACCGCCUCCGCCGGGCGCCGCCAGUCGCUCUUCCGCAAACUCGCCCUCAGGGGUCACUCGCAGCCCCUCCCGGUCUUCGAUACCCACCGUUGCCUCCCCGACUGGCGUGAGGAGGACCACUUCCAGCAACCGCACUAGCAUGUCCGGCCCCAGCCCCAUGUCUGCCCGGUCCUCCAUCAAGAAGCCCCACCACCCGUCCAUGAGCAAGGACUCCUCGCCCGCCCGUGACGAAGCUCUCGCCAAGAGGGAAGAGGAGGAAAAGGCAAAGGCCGAGGAAACGGCCGCCCUGAUCAAGGACCUUAGGGACCAGCUGCAGAAGGCCGAGUCGGCGUCUGACGAUUACCAGAAACAAGUCGAGGUCCUCAAGACGAGGCUCGACGAUGCUCUCAAUGACCAGGCGAAGCUCGAGGAGAGGUCCCAUGAGGCGGAGGAACGGGUGGAUGAGUUGGAGAACGAGAAGCGCGAAACUGCUCGCCAACGCCGGGAUUUGGAUGCCAUCUACGAGGCCGAGCGCGCAGCUGCCAUAAAAGAGAAGGAGCAAGCCCAGGCCCGGGAGGAUGAGCUGCACGAGGUCAUUCAGCGACUCAAGGACACCAUGGCUGAGCGCGAGCAAGAAGGCGAGGAGGACGAUCGCUUCUUGCGCCGCAACUCCAGAAUCGCGAGUCCCCUGAACACCCGGACCAACUCCUCUGGCAACCUGGAAUUUGCGCCGCCUUCCUCUCUGCAGCGCAGCAACUCUCAGAACAACUCCAAGCUGCUGCUCCAGAAGGACAAGCUUAUCGAGUCGCUGCGCCUGGAGCUCGCCGAGUCCCAGAUCAAGGCCAUCGAGCUGGAGAACAUGGGCGGCGGUCGCAUGCAGGAGCUGGAGCGUAUACUGCUGGAGACGCGCAUGGCCAAUGCGCGCCUCAUGGAGGACAAUGAGUCGUUCCAGCUGCUGCUGAGUGAGCGGACACUGAACGGCGACUUUUCGCGCGGCGAGUUUAUGCGCAACACGAACGCACAGGGCGGCGAGGACCUGGGCGGCAACAGUUUGGCUGACGAGCUCGGCGAAGCAGCUGAAGAUGAGGCUGACACUCGCCGCACCGAGUCGGAGAUCACGACGCUCAAGGAUCAGAACAAGGCGCUGUCGCUCUACAUCAACAAGAUCAUCGAGCGUCUCCUGCAACACCAGGGCUUCGAGGCUGUUCUCAGCCACGACGACAACAUGCCUGCCAAGCCCUCAGCCGCAAACAAGGACAAGGAGCUUCCCCCGCCGCCGUCGAAGGAUGGCAAGCCUUCGUUCCUUCAGCGUGCCAAGUCUGUUGCUCUCGGCGCUAACGCCGUGCCCCUCCCCGGCGAGGGCACUGUCCAGCCUCGUCCUCGCCCGGUUUCCGUCAUGCCCCCGCCGUCGAGGCCGAUGAACCAGAGCAUCACCGACGACCCGAACACGGCUCCCUCCAUUCCAUUGGCUCGUGGCGCAGCUGCUCGCAGCUCAUCCCAACAUCGCCGCGCUAACUCUGAGUGGAGCAACAGCGCUUCCGUUGUUGUCAACAACAUGUACCGCGGCAACUCCCCUAUGUCCCCCAGCAUUGUGUCGCCCCGCACGUCAUUCUUCGGCGGUCUUCCCGUGAACCAGCCCAACGGCCCCUCCACCCCAGGCGGCUCGCGCGUCGUGUCCGGCUCGAGCAGCUACGCUCCCCGCCAGAGCACUGACGACGCCAGCAGCAUCCGCGGCGCUGGUGCCAACCCUAACCGCCUGAGCACCAACAGCAAGCUGGACGAGGUGAGCAACAGUGACAGCGGCAUUGCCGUCGAUACUCCCAGCCCGCCCCAGAGCGUGGCGAGCAGCUUCGACAGGCCUCCUCAAGUCAUUAUGGGCAACAAGCCGCGCCCGCUCAGACUGGUGCAGGAGAGCGAGGAGGCUGAUAAGGAACGCAAGGCGCAGAACAGGCAGAGCUGGAUUGGAGGCUGGUUCUCCAAGAACCAGCAGCAGCAGCAGCACGAAUAA